UUGUCGUCGCUUGUUGGAGGCAGAAGUCGAAGCGCAGAAAACUCGCCAUAGUAAAAGCUAAUUAGUUUUUUUUUUAUAGUUUUCGACGGAAAGGUUCGCUAUUGGUGCUUAGUGUCGCUUUCGAUAUUUGUUUGUUUACGCAUACAAAGUAAGUGCUUUCAUACAUACAUACAUACGUAUGUUCACUUGUUCGGUUGAAGAGUGGUUUUUAGUUUUGCAUCGCCACUGGAAGCUGCUGUGUAGUCUGUAGCCUAAAGGCGUAAAAAAGAAAAUUGCCACAAUUUUUUACUUUUGUUUCUCAUUUUGCAAAAACAAAAUAUAAGUUUAAUGCAGCGAAAAUUAUAGAAAAUGGCACACGUACAGUGACAAAAUUAUGCAUUUUUGUUGAGUGAUAAAUACGUUUAGUGUCUCAUACGUUCAUUGUUGACAUUUGGUUUUGCUUUUAACUACUGCAACGCAAUAACGGCAAUUGCCACCUGUUCUAAAACGAUUAGCUUCGAGUAACGUGUGUCACUCGAUCAUUUUUUAUAUAACUUAUAUAUUAUAUUUGGUGUACGCGAAUUUAACAUUAAAAGUUAAAGCGCGGAAAACUGCUAAAAACAACAUUAUUUAUCUGCUAAAUGAAAAGUGUUAUAUGCCACACCGUGAAUGACAAAAGCAAUUGAAAGAGGGUCGCUUGUGAUUAAAUACAAAGAAGCCACAAGAAUAAUACACAAAUGUUCGCAUUGAAGUGUAAGUGCGGUCCGUAGAAGUGAAAGCCAAAAUAACUACCUAAUUGUAAAAGAGUUCUAGUAACCACUAAGUUAUUGAGAAUUUUCAACGUUACAAAAAAUUUUUGAGCAAAGCAAAAAAACGGUGGUGUUACUGUGGCAGUGAAAGUAGGCGACAAGUGGAUAUUAAUAAAUAUUUGGCGGCAGUUAAGCUGAGUAGAGUUUUAGCGUACACCCGUGAGACUGAGUUGAGAAAAUUAUCACCUAUUCAAGUUGUAUUCGCUACUACUUCAUUCAUAGAGUUGGAUUUCUGCACCAUAAGUGAAAUUAAUACAAUUUUUUAAUAAUCAACAGUCAUAAGCGGCAAAAUGGGUUCUGAUUGUGGCGUCUGGCUAGCCAAAUAUCUGCUAUGCCUAUUUAACUUCCUCUUCUUUGUCGUUGGCACAAUCGUGCUGGGCACUGGCAUUUGGUUAGCGGUCGACAAAGCCUCACUGAUUGCAUUGCUUAAAAUAGUUGACAGCGAAAACAUUAACCAAUUCACACAGCCGCGUGCCAUCGAGCAGAUGGCGUACGUUUUGAUUGUAAUCGGCGCCAUUAUGUUCUUCAUGAGUUUCCUGGGCUAUUGUGGCGCAAUACGUGAGUCGCGUUGUCUACUAACGACGUAUGGCGUCUUUAUGAUUUUGCUGUUAAUUGCUGAAAUUGUAGCUGGCGGACUUGGGGCAUUCUACAAAGAAAAGGCGCGCGCUGAGACAAAGACUUUCUUGCAAUCCACCAUCACCGACUACUACUCCACCAAUGAGAACAUGGACGCCGUCACACACAUGUGGAAUCAAAUGAUGAGCCAGAUGAGCUGCUGUGGCGUGAACGAUUAUCGUGACUUUAACGCCUCACUCUCUUGGAUCAGUAACAAGGGUAAUCAUACGCUGCCCGAAGCCUGUUGCGUACUGAAGGAUGUGAGUCAACUACUGCCACGUGACGAUGACUGUGUGACAAAUCCCACCGAGAGCAACAGCUAUUACAAGAAGGGCUGCUAUGAAGUGUUCACCGACUGGAUUAUUUCCCACCGCGAAAUCAUUAUUGGCGUGCUUUCGGGUGUUGGUAUAGUACACCUUUUUACGAUCUUUUUGCCCUUUUGCUUAUGUAACGCGUUUGCUAGAUAUCAUGGCAUGCGGCUCUAAGCGAUUUUGGUAAAAUGAAUGGUAGAAUUAGCGCGGGAAAAAGAUCCUGAAAUUCCAGUGGACACUGGCAAUUAGUUCAACCAAAUACGACUAAAGAAAUAAAUCGUUGUGGCAAAGAGACUCCAUUAAAAGGUGAAGCAAUUUUUUUUUAUUAAAUAAUAUUUUGUUGAGUUUAUUGUUUUACAAAUAUUGGACAAGUUUAGUGGUUUCUUUUUAAGAUUACAUUAUUCUACAGUUUUACAAAUCAUUUGCAUGUACCUUUGUGUACAUAAACUAUAUAUACAAAUACUGAAAGCUGUUGUUAAAUAUUUAUAAAUAAGUACAAUAAUUGCGAGAUAAAACGAAGUAGAUGCAAAAAAAUAUAUAGGCACAUGAAGUGUAUGGCACAUGAAGGCUAUGCUAAAAUUAUGGUCACACUUUAAAAGCAGUUUAUUUUAAUAAAUCGCUUAAUCACGUGCCUCGACUGUCAGGCGCAUGCGCGUGAACUAGAAGGCAUAACUACAACCAACUAUUGCAUACCUUCAAGCGUUUCAUAUAAGUAUAAAACUACUUCGAAAGUAGCAAUAAGUAGGUUUUCAGUUUCUAACUCUGUAAAAUGCUACACAUGGAGACCAAAUAUUUUAUUCUUACACGCAAAUGUAACUGGCAUACGAGACACGUGAACAAUCUGCAAGUUUGGAUUGGAAAAUAUCUAUAUAGAUAUUUAAAGGCAUUGUUUUGGAACAUAGAAUAUCUCUUUGUAAAAAAAAAUAUUGAUAUGAUUAAAAUAAUACGAACUGAGAAUUGAUUUUAGUUAUGUUAAGUCAAAGCUUCGAAUUCUUUACUGUAACCAGAAAGCUUCAAGAAGUCGUGAAGCUUAUUAAGACAAAAGCUCUCCACUCUGUACAUCACAAAUCAACUUUAGGACAUAUCGAAAUGACAAGCAGAAAAAAUAUUAAUUAAGCAAGGGUUUUAAAGGAAAAACAUAUACGAAUAUUUGAGGAAUGAAAAACGUUUGUAUUUAAAAUCGAAAUUUUUUUAAGUAAAUGCAUUCAACCAACAUACAUACAUGUUUAUGUACAUACGAAUAAAUAGUGAACCAACAGUCUUAAAUACCUUAGGUCAAUUAUAUUUGUAUGUUAUUGUAAGUCGAGUUACAAAAAAAUUUCUUAAUUCAAAAACUAAAGCAAUUGAGUUCGAGCAUCGCAAGUUUUUCACAUGCAAACAUAUUUACAAGUAUCCGUCUGCGGGCUUUUCAAAAAACAUCAUAAAUUGACUCUUCACUAGUCACACACAAGUUUGUUGUGUUAUUAAGAAUUCAAUGCUGUAGAUGUAGAAGGUGGCGCAAAAUUAAUUACCUUAGCGCAAGAAUUCUAAUUUUUGCAAAUGGCGUCGUACGUUAAUCAUAUUUGGCAUUUGUGAAUUAUACAGCUGCAAUAUAAUAAUAGACAAGCAAGGUGAAAAAAAAAGCGUAAAGGUGAAAAAAAAAAGAUUCCCGUCACUCAAAAUCUCCUUUUUUUAUUUAGUAAAAAAGUUAUUCACAAACAAAAUUGGAUGCUUAAUAAUUUAUACACUAGUAUACACUACUGUGUACAAAAGAUCAAAAUACAUACAUCGGCAUACAAAUAUAAACAAAAGGCCAAAUUGCUGAGCGAAUUUAAUCGGACGGAGCGGUGCCGCAGCAUUUCACAUUUCAGUAAAGUAGAACCAAAACGAGAGUCACAUCAGCUGAUUGACAAAUAAAAAAUAUAAAAACAUAAAAGCGAAAACAUGAGUGCGUAAAUUUUACGUUUAAUUAAAAUUAUUAAAGUUUUAAAUAGCCCUUUUAUAAGGUGCAAAAGGGUUGCGAAGUGAACUUUUUGGAACUGUACUUCAGAGCUGUACUUUUUGUAUAAUAAUAAAAUUGUACAAACUUUUGUGUCUUUUUAUAAUUAAUAUUUUCAUAAGAAUAUUUUUUUUUUCUUUUUACAUAAAAAUAUACAUAACACAUAUUAUACUAGCCAGUUUCAUUUUAAAAUAAUACAGUUUAUCUAUCAAAACGCUUUUCGUGCUCGGUAGCGUCUUCUGAAAUCUUUUAACAGCACAUUGUCUUUUAAUUAUUUUAUUAUGAUAACGCUGUCCUUUGGCUUUAAUAAAAUAUUUUGUUGUUAUUAGAGAAGAAACUGGAAUAACGGCACAAGAAAUACUUUUAACUACUUUAACUUUUGUUUUUGGGAACCCUUUGCGGUCCUAUGUGUGCUUUCAGCCAGCAAAGAUUUCUUAUCAUUCCAGUCGUACAACCUGGACACCACACAUAAGGUGGUAAUAAUAAUUUAUACUGUAUUUAUUUACAGAAUUAAGGAGGCAGAUACCUGUAAAUAAAACCAAAAAUUUGUUUGUUUAUUUAUUUCAUAAUUUCUAUAUGAAUUAAACAAAAAUGAAAAAAAAUCGCGAAAUAAAAUGCUUAAAAAAAUGAUUUUUGGGGCGAAUUUUGCCACUAUAGUUGCUUCGAAAAAUUUUCGACAACUAAUAUCAUAAAAAAGAUGUGUGCAAAAUUUAAGGGAGAUCGGUCAAUAACUUUUCGAGUUAUCGUGUACGCCAAUUCGAAACAUAUAGUUUUGAGAAAAACGCGUCUUAAGUGGGCAACGUGACUAUACCUCUCCCAACGCUGGAACGCAAAGAAUAGAGUCGUCGCGGUUGACGAUCUAUAAUAUAAGAAAUACUUAAAUUUACGUUCUAAAAAUGUUUUGACAUUUUUUUCGAAAUUCUACAGGUAUCUGUCCUCAUAAAAAUACUGUUUAUUCUUCAUAAUCGUACAAGCUAUGUGUCAUUGCUCUUUUAACGAACAUUAGUUCCGAGCUGUACGAGACCCAAGUCCAAAUUUAAUACGACCGCAAAGGGUUCAAAUAUUUACUAUUUAAAACUUAUUAUAUCAAAACUGUCUCCGUCAUACCAAGUACUUUUUUUGAGGUUUUAGUAUUGGAAAAGUAUAAUUGUAACGAGAAAUCCGAACCCUGAUGUGCAAGCCAUUUCUGAUUUUUUCGUUCGGUAGCAGCAGCAAAAUUAAAAAUAAAUCUCUUUCAUCAGACGUACUCCGUCGUCGCUUUGUUUUUGUGCAGUCGCAUGCACUACAUGCUGUUUUUUUACAGCGAACUUUCCUUCGACAAAGUUCGCUCAGCGAUUUGAUUCUGUUUAUACCUUAAAGUCGAAAUUGGAAGACUUCAGCAACAUUUUGUUUUUUGCAAAAGUUCAGAAGCUUGUACAUAUAAUAAAAAAAUAUAAGUUUGUUAAAACAUAAUAUGUAAUCACGUAUUUUAGUAAAUACAGAAAACUUGUUAUCCAUUUGUUAUCCUAAAGCAAAGCUAACCUGCCAUCCAUUUUAUGUUCUGACACUCCAAAGAAUAUGCGACUAUUCUACGAUACAAAUAUUUUAAGCAAACUGCUCAUUUUUAAAACAUCAUUUAAAAACUAUACCUUUUGUGUAAAACUGUUUCCUUUCAUUUGAAACUUUUAUGAUUGUAAUGCAACUCUGCCGAUUCGUAAAAACAAAAGUGUGUAAAUAUAUUCAGAGUGUAAAAAAUCAUGGUUUUCCAAGAACGAAAUCGUUAAUAUUUCGCUUCCAUACAUUUAAGGCGAUCGUUUUGGGUGUUUUUUUUUUUUGUGUUGUUCCGGUUUUCCUCAUAAAAGUAUGCAAUGGAUACCAAAUUCUAUUUUAAAAAUAUCUUUACUCAAUGUUGUCUGAAUCCAAAACACAUUUCAGGCUAUAAGUCGCGGGACCACAGCUUUUGAGUGGUGAACUGCGUUAAAAAUAGCUGUGCUCACCUUGAGCGAUUCGUUAAAUGAUAAUACAGGUUUACAACAAUAAAGAUUUAUCACUGAACCUUACUUCAAUAGUUUGUUGCUGCACAGUCUGGCGUUGUUUGCAGAAGCAAACUCUUCGUAAAACUUUGAAGCUCACUUGCGUACCACUAUUCUAAUAUAUAGUCCCUGAGAAAAAUUUUAAAUGGAAUCACUACUAUUAAACUUGUCAGCUUUUGGUAUUCUUCUAAGCACAAAAAAGUUCCGCUCGCAUUUCCUUUUGAGAGAAAUUCGGUACUUAAUUUAAUUAAAUUAAACCUCUGAUAAUCAUUUCACCGCUCCCAAUACCAAGGCCAGAAAAAGUAGAAGAGUUUUUAUUGGCAUAGAAAUAUUAGUGUUUCGCAACGUGAAUUCAAUAAUGUAUGUAUAAAUAUUUUGCAAAAUAGUUUCCUCCGAAAUCUAAAGUCAAUUAAAGUAAUAGGUAUAAUUAUUUCUUAUCAUACAGAAUAAAUUUGCCGUUUAAAUAGGCUUCAUUUAUGUAAGAACAUAUCAUGGAAUUGUGAAUACCCUCAUGCUUACAUCUAUACCAUAAGUAUGUACAGUGAAAUAAGGAGUUUUCGCAUUUGAAUAAGUCAACAAAUUUUUCGUAGAGGUUAUCAAGUUUUUUGAAGUUUUUUAUUUGAAUUUAAGAUAUUGUAUUUAUAUAGAAAUUUGUUAUGGAUGUUGUACAUUAUGUAUACAGUUUAUAUAUACUCGUAUAUGAUAUGUAUAUGAAUGAAUAAUCAUAGGUACGUAAUAUUGAGCAUACAUAUAUAGAAAUUAGACAUCAUAUAUACAACUAUAAAUAUGCAUUGUGUAUAAAAACAGCUACAUGUGUGUUUGUUAGCAUAUCCGGAAUGUAAAGCUGCAUGCACAGGCCCACACACAAAUAUCUCCUUAGACUUAAGUUUUGUAAAUCUACUCAUAAUUUUCUUGAACUUCAAUAAAAAAAGUGAAUUAUUAUAUAGAUUAAGUAAUAAUAAUAAAUAACAAAAAGAAACGAAACAA